AAAUGUAAUAUUCGAAUUCAAACAAAAAAAACCCUCAUUUUAAUUGGAAACUUCAAUACCCGUAAAAUAGUAAAUUUUCAACUUCUUCUCCGAAGUUUUAGUUUAACAUUUGAUUUGUUCUUCUUUUAACAUUUGCUUAUUUUCUUUUGGCUGUGUUUCAAUGUCUCUCCUUUCUCAUUCUAUUCUCUUUGCAUAGAUUUAGAUCAUAAGCCAAACUAAAAAAAACAAUGAGCGAAUCAAUGAACCAUCAUCACAUGUCUUUUACAAAGAAACUCAAAUCAACGUUUUCCAUCGCCGGGUGUUUCCGAACGACCAACCAUCCCCAAAGUCUCCCUGAACAACCACCAUCUCCGACAACUCCAAAUGAGACAUCUACACAAAGCCCCACCAAGACCAAAUCUCCUAGACUCACUCGAACCUUGUCCAAAUCGCACGAAAAAUGCAAAAAUCUGAUCCACCGGAUCGGGGAAGGCGGACACGGUAAGCACAUUAGACGCCACACGACGGAUUUUCAUUAUGAUCCGUCGAGCUAUGCGCUUAACUUUGACAGGGGAGACGAGGAUCAAAAUGUUAAUCGUUUUCCACGUUACAAUUUCUCCUCUAGGCUGCCUCGUUCACCGCCUUCCUCCGCCACGGCGACAGAAUCGUCGUUCACUAUUCAUAACCUUUUGCGGUGAUCAUUGUUUGACUCAGAUUUUUUAUUUCGUUGUGUUGUUUUCGUUCUUCCAAAAUUGUGGAUUCUUUUAUGUUUCAAGAAAGAAAAACUUACGAGAACUGAGCAAUGAUAUCGUCGGCCUAAUAAAAACUAACUUGUACGUAAUGUAUUUUAUUUUUUAUCAGUUUCAGCGGGUUUCAAAAACUUUUGAUCGAUAUCUUAUCUCUCUCUUAUGUAACUUGAGUAAAAACUUCUUUGUAGUAAUAACUCAUAAUCUAAUGGUAUGGAGAACUCCACGCGGCUUAUCAGUACGAUCGUAGUCUGUUUUGAACACGAGACCUGCUCCAGUUAGCAACAUGUUCUAAUCAGCUCCGCAACUCAAACUUUGUAAUAAGGGAACAUGUAUUCCUUUACUUUCCGUUGCCCACAUAGCGCCGAGUUUUCUUUUGUUCCCAAGCUCUACUUUUCUGAUUUCAAGAAUUUUCUCCAGAGGACUGUUCUUUGGCUUCUUUGAAAACGCA